AUGGGACUAUGUUCCAGUAAAACAAACAAAGAACUUAUCCAAUCAAAUAAUAAUAAUAACAAAUAAGUUGGACAAGAAAAUAAUAGUUUUCAUGGAGGGUCAUUUGUAAACCAACUUCAAUAAAAAUCAUCUUUGAUUUAAACUCCAAUUUUUCAUCAGAAUACAGGAUCUAUAUAAUAACAAUCAAGUAAGGUCAUAUAAUAAGGACCUGAAUUAACAAUUAAAGAAGGCUUUUUAGAAAAUUACCGAAUGGUUACUUAAAGCUUGGAUUAUACAAUUGUAAAAUAAAUCAAUUCUGAUAUUCAAUAUAAGGCUUAUGUUUAUAAAAAGUUAUUUUAGGAUACCGAGGAACUUAUUAAUAGAAUAAUUUCUAUGCCAUUGGUAUAAACUUGAAAUUAUGUAGAAUCACAAAUUUAUAAUCAAGCUUAUAGACAUAUAUAAAGAUGAGUAAAAUUAUUUUGUCUUAUAUGAGCAUUAAAAUAUGAAAAAUUUAAGCGAAUAUUUAAAAGUGAAUAAACUUAACAUAGAAAGUGCAGGUAUUAUAUUUAAUAAAAUGAUUGAUAUAAUUGGAUAUCUACAUUCUUAAACUUAUUGUCAUGGAGCAAUACAUUUGGAUACUUUUAAUUGUAUCCAAAAUCAAUCAGAUAUGAAUUUAUUCUUAGUUUAAACAAAGAAUAUAUACUUAAGACUACCAACAAAGAUUACAUAAAAAAACGACGUAUAAGCUUUGGGAUUGAUUGGAUUUUAGUUGUUAACUGGACAUCCAUUUAGGAUCAUGCUGAAUAAAUCAUCCAAAUGGGAAAUCAAAAAAGAAUUAAAUGAAGAGUUUGAUUGCCUGAAAUUGCCAAAGAAGAUUAGUAAGUUAAUUAUGAAAAUGAUUAACCCAAUACCUUUACAUCGAUUAUCUUUACAGCAAGUAAAAGAAAUGUGUUGGAUAUAGAAUCAAAUAGAUUUAAGGGAUCCAAUUGGUAAUUCUUUUUAAAAAUUGAAGUACAUAAAAUUUAAUUCUUUAACAUCUAUUUUGACUUAUUAUAUAGUUGAGAGAUUUCUUUAAAACGAAAAAUAAAAACUAACUAAUUUAUUUAACUAAUAUGAUAUCGAUGGAGAUGGAAGAAUCGAUUUACUAGAGUUUUUUUAAUUAUAUUUGAUUGCAACAUAAAGUUAUCAAAAUAAAAAGAACAGUGAGAAAAUUUAUGAGCUUUUAGAUGAAGAUGAUAGAUCAUAGAUUACUUUAUAAUAGUUUUUAAUAGUUGCUAUUGAUAAAGAAUUACUGCUUAAUGAAAAUGUGAUUUCAUCAUCUUAUAUGUCUCUAUCAAAUAAAAAUGGCUAUAUAACUGUUAAAAGUAUUAAUAAAAAAAUAGAUAUCGAAGAAUAGUAAUUAUUAGAAAUUUUUUCUGAAGUAACUGAUUUCGAUAGAGUAUAAAAAUUAAUAUUUUUUAGUUGAAUUUCCUUGAGUACAAGCAACUGCUUUAAGAUUAUGAAUGA